UAUUAUUGACAUAGCACUGGCCCAGAAACCCCUCGCUAUAGGGAAAGUGCCACUGGCGUAACCGUACCUGAGCAUUACCAUCGUUAAACCGACUCUAUCAUUCACGACUAUAGCUUUGAUCAGAGUGAUCAAUCAAUCAGUCAAUUCAAUUUUGAUCGAGGUUGGGGUUUUGGGAUUUUCGUUGCGGCUUCAAGCAGAAGCAGAAAAAUGGAUUCUUACGGUUUUCCCGACGGCAAUAUCUGUAAUUUGCUCGGGAGCAGAUACUUCCAUGCUCGCCAUGACAUCAAUCACAGUUUACAAAUGCAUUCAUCGCUGAUACGAAGACUCUCCCAGGAAAAUGAAUUGGAGGGGCAUCAGGGUUGUGUCAACACUAUAGCUUGGAAUAGUACGGGUUCGCUCUUGAUUUCUGGAUCAGAUGACACUCGGAUGAAUAUAUGGAGCAAUAAUGGUCGAAAGCUAUUGCAUUCUAUAGAUACUGGACAUUCUGCAAACAUAUUCUGUACAAAAUUCAUUCCUGAAACUUCUGAUGAGCUUGUGGUCUGUGGAGCUGGAGAUGCAGAAGUUCGGUUGUUUAAUUUGUCUCGACUAAGUGGGAGAGGUCCAGAUGAUAAUGCCAUCGCUCCCUCAGCUGUGUAUCAAUGUCACACGAGAAGAGUAAAAAAAUUAGCUGUUGAAGUUGGAAAUCCCAAUGUGGUUUGGAGUGCAAGUGAAGAUGGGACACUGAGACAGCAUGACUUUCGGGAGGGUGCUUCUUGUCCACCUGCUGGAUCUUCACCCCAAGAGUGUCGUAAUGUUCUACUUGACUUGCGCUGUGGGGCAAAGAGGUCAUUAGCUGAUCCCCCUAGACAGACCCUUGCUUUAAAAUCUUGUGACAUCAGUGCCAGCCGGCCUCAUCUGCUCCUAGUUGGUGGGAGUGAUGCCUUUGCUCGCCUAUAUGAUCGAAGGAUGCUGCCUCCUCUGACUUCUUGUCGGAAAAGGAUUCCUCCACCUCCUUGUGUUAACUAUUUCUGCCCAAUGCAUCUUUCUGAACGCGGACGUUCAGGGUUACACCUAACUCAUGUGACUUUUAGCCCGAGUGGAGAUGAGGUUCUACUCAGUUACAGUGGAGAGCAUGUAUACCUCAUGAAUGUAAAUCAGGCUGGAGGGGGUGCUAUGCGAUAUGCUUCAGGAGAUGCUUCAAAACUAAUGACCUUCAAUCCUAUUCUCAAUGGCCUAGAAUUGCAACCCCCACUAUCUGUUGUCUACAAAAGUAGCCUUCGUUUCAAAAGCAAUGUCACUUCUGUGCUUGAGAAGUGUAGGAAGUUGGUUCAAAUUGCUGAAAAAUGCUUAGAGGGUGGUUCAAAUUAUUACGAUGGAAUUGAGGCAUGCAAUGAAGUUUUGGAUCAGCAUUGUCAUGAUAUUGGUCUUGCAAUUAGGCAUGACUGUCUCUGCACACGUGCGGGCUUGUUGCUCAAGAGGAAGUGGAAAAAUGAUGUUCAUAUGGCCAUAAGAGAUUGCUAUAAUGCUCGUAGAAUAGACAGCUCUUCCUUUAGAGCCCUUUAUUAUAUGUCUGAAGCUUUGUCACAGUUGGGAAACUACAAGGAAGCUCUAGAGUUUGCUGUUGCUGCUCAAUCUGUUGCGCCAUCCAAUACUGAAAUUGCAGAAUUGGUAGAGAAUUUACAAAAGAAUCUUGCUGCAGCUGAAACAGGAAAAACUAAUAAAGCAAAUGAUGGGCUUCUGAGGUCUGAAUCUCGAAGUGGAAGAGCAUUGUCACUAAGUGACAUACUUUAUCGCUCAGAGGCUAACAGUGAUGCUUCCCAAGAUGGUCCAACAUCUGAAAGAGAAGAUUCUGACUAUGAUGAGGAAUUGGAGUUGGACUUUGAAACGUCAAUAUCGGGUGAUGAAGGACGUGAUGUUGAACCCAAUACUCUUCAUGGAAGUUUAAAUUUGAGGAUUCAUCGAAGAGGUGAUUCAACUCGAGAAACAAGUUAUGCAAAUGGCUCCUGUGGAUCACCUUCAUCAUCACAAAAUGACCGGAUGCCUUAUCAGCCAGAGACUGUCAUUGAUAUGAAGCAGAGAUUUGUUGGCCACUGUAAUGUUGGAACUGACAUAAAACAGGCCAGUUUUCUGGGCCAGAGAGGUGAGUAUGUGGCCAGUGGAAGUGAUGAUGGUAGAUGGUUUAUUUGGGAAAAGCAAACUGGUAGACUAAUAAAAAUGCUGCUUGGAGAUGAAGCUGUUGUGAACUGUGUGCAGUGCCAUCCAUUUGAUUGUGUUGUGGCUACAAGUGGUAUUGACAACACAAUAAAGAUUUGGACUCCAACUGCUUCCGUCCCAUCAAUUGUUGCGGGAGGAUCAGCUGGACCAGAAACUUCUAACGUGUUGGAAGCCAUGGAAAGCAAUCAGCGCAGACUAAGCCAUAAUCGUGAAGUCAUCCUUUGCAGCCCCUUUGAACUUCUGGAGCGUUUUCGGAUGCAUGAAUUUACUGAAGGAACUUUGCACCCUCUUGAGUGUGCACAGAGCUAAUCAUGAUCUGCCUUUAUUGAAGACUGCAGAUACUAUCUGGUGAAUUAUAGAUGAAGUGGUAUGUUUUGGUUCUGCAAAAGCUCAGGAAAGAUACAGGAAGCCAAUCUUUAUUGGUGGUAGGAAAUUAGUUGACCAUGUAAAGGCUUUUGAUGUCCCUGAAAAAAAGUAGCAACCCCAAAUAAGGCAUUUCCAUAGUUAAAUUUUCUUGUAGAGCCUCAGUUACAUUUCUUAUCUUUGAUUUUUUUUUUAUGGAAAAAAAAAAUCUUCUGUUCAUGUAUUUGUUGAAAAUGUUCCUGUACAGAUGAGAUUUUCUUCUAAUGUAGAUAUUUUUAUUUAAAUAAUUUUUGACUGAA